AUGGCUUCUCUCUCCGCCGCCGCAGCCGCCGGAACAGCCGCCGCCCGCUUCCUCCCCGCCGCCUCCGCUAGGCUCUCACUCCGCUCCUCGCUCGCUCUCAGCUCCGCCUCCAUCAGAUCGUCUCCUGUUCUUACUCGCCGUUUACUUCAACAGAAAAGCACUCUGCGAGGGUUUUCGUUUUCGAGCCGGAGAAUUUGUUAUUCGACUGUGGCGUCGCCGAAAUGCGCGGCGUCGGUCCCCGAGCAGGUCAAGAGUGCUCGUGAAGAUAUAAAGGAGCUGCUUAAGACUAAGUUCUGUCACCCUAUUAUGGUUCGACUGGGUUGGCACGAUGCAGGUACAUAUAACAAGAAUAUUGAGGAGUGGCCAAAGAGGGGAGGUGCUAAUGGAAGUUUAAGAUUUGAAAUAGAACUUAACCAUGGAGCAAAUGCUGGGCUUGUCAAUGCUCUUAAACUUCUUCAGCCCAUCAAGGACAAGUAUUCUAGUGUGACCUAUGCAGACUUGUUUCAAUUGGCUAGUGCUACUGCUAUAGAGGAAGCUGGGGGACCCAAAAUCCCUAUGAAGUAUGGGAGAGUAGACGUAACUGGACCUGAACAAUGCCCAGAAGAAGGAAGGCUCCCAGAUGCUGGUCCUCCUUCACCUGCUGCUCAUUUGCGUGAUGUCUUUUACCGUAUGGGAUUGAACGAUAAGGAAAUAGUUGCUCUUUCGGGUGCACACACUCUUGGAAGGUCAAGGCCUGAUCGUAGUGGGUGGGGCAAACCUGAGACUAAAUAUACGAAAGAUGGACCAGGAGCCCCUGGAGGACAAUCAUGGACAGUGCAGUGGCUAAAGUUCGAUAAUUCCUACUUUAAGGAUAUCAAAGAAAAAAGGGAUGAAGAACUGUUAGUUUUACCGACAGAUGCUGUUCUGUUUGAGGAUCCUUCAUUCAAGGAAUAUGCCGAGAAAUAUGCUGUCGAUCAGGAUGCAUUUUUCAAGGAUUAUGCUGAAGCUCAUGCUAACCUUAGCAAUCUUGGAGCUAAAUUUGACCCGCCUGAGGGCUUCUCAUUAGAUGGCAGUAGCCCAGUUGAUCAUAAGCCAUGA